CACAACUUCCGGUGAAACUAUUCGACUGCUAUCUAUCGUCACUUCAGAUUAGAUUUUUUUUGUCAAAUAUUAUGCUCUUUUGUUACAACUAAAAAGGUUAUCUCGACAGUAUUCACCCACCCAGUCGUUAAGAUAGUUUGGAAGGAGAAAAGAGAUGGAUUUGCUCAAAUUUAUCUCUGUAAUCUUUCUGGUAUCCUGUUUUAGUGAGUGUUAUGCAGUUGCUGUAAAUGUAGUUGAUGAAGGACAAUUUGUUGAUGUGGAUGAUGAUGAACAAGAUGUUGGUGAAGAUGAAGGCCAUUGUAUCUGGUAUGACACAUGUGGCAUUGAUCCAAAUACCAACAAACCCUUAAAUUGUAUGUACAACGGACCAGCAAAGCGACUCAAUGAUACAAAAGGAUUAGAUAUCUUAAAAAGAUUCUGCCCUACUUUGUAUACAGGAGAAGAUUCCAAAACAUGCUGCUCGACGCCCCAAUUAAAGUAUCUACAAGAAAACAUGGCAGUACCGUUACAGAUCUUGUCACGCUGUCCAUCAUGUUUUCAGAAUUUUGUCAAUAUGUACUGCUUUUCUACAUGUGAUCCACAUCAAAGUGACUUUCUUAGUGUUUUCCAAAAUAAUACUGACAAAAUUACUGCCAUUAACUAUACCAUUUCUGUUGAAUUUGCUCACGGCUUGUUUAACUCUUGCCGUGAUGUCCAGAUUCCGUCAGCCAAUCAACGGGCUCUUGGUGUACUGUGUGGAAGAGAUGCUAAAGACUGCACUGUGGAUGUCUGGCUUGCUUAUAUGGGCAGUACCACUAAUGGUCAAGCACCAUUUAACAUUUAUUUUGACAUCACUGAUGAACCAGUAAAGAGGGGGAACAUGACGUUAAAUCCAUUGAAACGACCUAUAACACCUUGUACGGUUCCCCUAAAAAAUGGUUCGAGUCCAUGCAGUUGUCAGGAUUGUCGUGAUGUGUGCACACCAAGUCUUCCUCCUCCGCCAACACCUCCUCCAUGGCAAAUUCUGCAUAUCGAUGGCUACAUGUUUAUUAUGGGGUCAAUUUUCAUCGCUUUUACAAUAUUUUUUGGCACCUAUGCUAUAUGCUAUAACAUCAUUGUACAAGACUCGCUGUCAUUGGAUAAUGAUUGGGAGGAAACAGGUGGUGGAGAUUGCUGUGAGGUGUAUGGAUACAAUACAAACAAAGGACUAAAAAAGAAAAAAAAGAAGGCAGAUUUUGAUAAUCUGACAGAAAAGGAUUUGGGAGUCUUUGAGAAGUUUGGUGCCAAGAUGGAGAUGGCAAUAGAACGAUUAUUUAACAGAUGGGGUUGUUUUUGCUCAAGACGACCGAUAUUAGUGAUAGGGUUAUCGUUACUAUUUAGUAUUUUACUAUCAGCUGGUAUUACCUUAUUUGAUGUUACCACAGAUCCUGUUGAACUCUGGUCAGCACCUGAUAGUCGAGCAAGAGAAGAAAAACAAUACUUUGAUUCACAUUUUGUACCGUUUUAUAGAACAGAACAGUUGAUAAUAACUCGUACUGGUAAUCAUUCUCCUAUAAAACACCCAAACGUUGCUCCAGCUACUGGGAAUAUUUAUUUUAAUCCUAUAUUUGAAUUGGACUUUAUGCAUCAGCUUUUAGGAUUACAGAAUGAGAUUAGUGCACUGACAACUGAAUUUGAAAAUGAGACCAUAACAUUAAAUGAUAUCUGUUUUCAACCAUUAGCACCCGACUAUACAGACUGUACUAUCAUGAGUACAUUGCAGUACUUUCAGAAUAGUGAUGCAAACUUAGAUAAAGAAGUAUGGGAUGAAUAUCACUUCUUUGUAUUGGCUAAUUAUCUUGAUCAUUUUCAGUACUGUGUACGAUCACCAGCCUCAGUGAAUGAUACCACGAAAUUGCAUUCGUCCUGUCUGGGAAAUUUUGGUGGACCCGUAUUUCCCUGGAUAGCUCUUGGUGGCAUGGAAGGUGACGAUUAUAAAAAUGCCACAGCGCAUGUUAUUUCGUUUAUUGUCAACAAUCAUCUGGAAGAUGCCAAGAAUGCCAAAGCCAGGGCCUGGGAAGAGAAGUUCAUACAAUUUAUGAAGAGUUACCAAAACCCAAAUAUGAGCAUCGCUUUCAGUUCAGAGAGAUCUAUACAAGAUGAAUUGAAUCGUGAGAGUGCAUCUGAUGUAUUAACUAUAUUGGUCAGUUAUUUGAUUAUGUUUGCGUACAUUACAUUCGCCCUGGGUAAACUAUCUAGUUGCUGUUGGUCUUGUAAUGAACAACCACCUACAACAUUACUCAGAUUCUUUAUUGAUAUGAAAGUAACAAUGGGAUUAGUUGGUGUGUUAAUUGUGUUGCUGUCUGUAUCCAGUUCACUUGGUUUCUUCAGUUAUUUAAAUGUUAAAGCUACGUUGAUUAUUAUAGAAGUUGUCCCAUUUCUGGUACUGGCUGUCGGUGUCGAUAAUAUCUUUAUAUUAGUCCAGUCCUUCCAGAGAGAGAAGCGUUUGGCGAAUGAGACACUAGAUGAGCAGAUAGGACGUGUAGUUGGUAAAGUUGGUCCCAGCAUGUUACUCACUUCAACAUCGGAAUCUAUCGCAUUUUUCCUUGGUGCUUUAACUACUAUGCCUGCUGUACGGAUAUUUUCUCUCUAUGCUGGAAUGGCAGUGUUUUUUAACUUCUUCUUACAGAUCACCUGUUUGAUUAGCGUCAUGACGAUCGAUGCUCGACGGGCAGAGGGUAAUCGUUUUGAUUGUUGUUGUUGUGUGAAGGAAGAUGACAGUAAUAAAUUAGAGAAUGAUAAUGGUAUAUUAUAUACAAUAGUUAAAGACUAUUACUCACAUUUCCUCAUGAAAGAAUGGGUUCGUCCAAUUGUUAUGGUGUUAUUUGUUGGAUAUUUCUGUGCCAGUGUAGCGAUGACUUCUAAAAUAGAAGUAGGUUUAGAUCAAUCUCUCUCCAUGCCUGAGGAUUCUUAUGUAUUGCAAUAUUUCAACAAUUUGACAAAAUAUUUAUCUGUUGGUGCUCCGGUUUAUUUUGUGGUAAAAGAUGGACAUAAUUAUACAAGUCUGAAAGGUCAGAAUGCCAUAUGUGGCGGGAGUGGCUGUCCACAGGAUUCAUUGCUUGGUCAAGUCUUUCAAGCUACUAGAUGGGCUAAUGUAUCAAAGAUAGCACAUACUUCUAAUUCAUGGCUAGAUGAUUAUUUUAAUUGGUUAGAACCAGGGGGAAGUCCAGAAUGUUGUCGCUAUGACAACGUUACAUUAGAAUUCUGUGAAGCUACAAAUCCUAACCCUGACUGUGUACCAUGUGAUGUCAAAUCAUUUGUCAAUAAUCGCCCCCAGGAAGCUGAUUUUAUGAAAUAUUUACCCUGGUAUUUAAAAGAUAAUCCAGAAUUAAAAUGUGCUAAAGGGGGUCAUGCGGCGUAUGGUAAUGCCGUACAACUAAAGGAUGGCAAUCAGUCUAUCGGAGCUACUUAUUUUAUGACAUAUCACAGUAUAUUAAAGACAUCUAAAGAUUAUAUUGAUGCAUUAAAGAAUGCACGGGAAAUAUCAGAAAAUAUUACCUUAUCAUUUAAUGGUCCUGAAAAUAACUUAACUGUCUUCCCUUACAGUGUAUUUUAUGUUUUCUACGAACAGUAUUUAACAAUCGUCUAUGACACAAUGUUUAAUCUGGGUGUUUGUGUAGCAGCCAUCUUUGUUGUCACUUUCCUGUUGCUAGGCUGUGAGCUGUUUUCUGCCUUGAUGGUUGUCAUAACGAUAUGUUUUAUAGUAGCUGAUAUAAUGGGAAUGAUGUAUCUGUGGAAUAUUUCUCUUAACGCAAUUGCUCUUGUAAAUCUUGUAAUGGCUGUUGGUAUAUCUGUAGAGUUUUGUUCUCAUAUAACUCGAGCAUUCACUGUUAGCACCAUGCCAACUAGAAAAGAGAGAGCAAAAGAUGCUUUAGCACAUAUGGGCAGUUCGGUUCUGUCUGGUAUAACAUUAACUAAGUUAGGAGGAAUUAUUGUAUUAGCCUUCUCUAAAUCACAGUUAUUCCAAGUGUUUUAUUUCCGUAUGUAUCUGGGUAUUGUCGUUUUUGGAGCUACACAUGGUCUAAUAUUUCUACCAGUAAUGCUCAGUUACGUGGGUCCCCCAAUAAAUAAAGCUAAGAUUUUUUAUCAGCGAGAAAAUAAAAUGGAUAGUGGGGAUGAAGAUUCACAGUCGCAAGCAUCCAGUAGACAGAAUUUAGUUAAUGACACUCCAGUUGCAACUUAUACUCAAAAUCAACGCCUUUAAUACAUCGUCUUUCACCUUUAAUCUUAACUUGUGAAUACAUGUACCAGUAGAUUAUUUUGAACUCAGGAAAAAGAAUUUUAACUGAAUUAUUGCUGAUGGUAUUAUUAAAGAGAUUUGGUAUUCCUAAGACGAAAUCCUAGCUAAUCUCAGUUUUUUAAUCCAAUUAUGAAUAAGUCCUUUAUAUGUGGUUACAUGCAUACUCCUAAAGCCAAGCUUAUGUCGGCCUAUGACACAAUAAAACUGACAAUGACUAACCGCAACUGAGAGCUUAUAUGUUGCUACAACUGAAUUUAUCCACGACUGGAUGCAACCACGGGCAUCCAGCUGAUCAUAGUCGUAAGCACGCUCAUGUGACACGGCGUCUGUUAGAGAAUCGGUGCCAGAACUGUUCACAUGACUGCCAUGUGAUAACCUUCAAAAUGGUUUAAUUCCACUUUUCCGCAAUGUUUAUUACCGCCCCUGGGUACUACGUGACUAAAUAACCAAAUCUUAUUGGCUACCUCAGCGAGGCGCUGACUCAAGGUAGUUGUAGGUGCACUUGUGUUGUAAGAGCCCUCGGGUCGCCCAGGUCGUCACGACUGAUCAGUUCCAUUUGAUCGUAAACCAGUCGCUGAUUUUGAGUCUCUGUCAGUUUUGUCGCGACGUAAACUGGGCUUUAUGUUAUCUUGUUUAAAACUGUUGAUAUUCGAGAAAGGAAAAGGGGAAUAACUCCUCUAAAACUUGUUAAUCAGUCAUAAUUUUGGAUGCGAUUUAAUCCACUCGAUAGCACAAAAUCACUGCUGGACUAUUUAAAGACUGUAAGUAUUAUACUAGUUCUAUGACUUGGGUGGUUUGAUGUUUUUUUACGGAGCAGUAGUUUUUGGCAUCUUCAAAAAUGAGCUACUAAAAUAAUCAUUUUUCUCUUGUUUUCAAACUUUUAUAACCUAUCAUUCAACAUAUAAACCUAUUAUUGACUUUUAUGCUCUGCUUUCACAUGGGCUACGAAUGCCACGAUUCGUAGAUAAAUCGUAGUCGGUUGUAAAAGUUAUUCUUAAAGGUACUUACACAAUCGUAUUAUUCGUAGCACUUUGUAUCUCGGCUACAAAAGCUUUUGUUUGUCAAAAACUUUUGUGUCUGGUCUACGGAAAUCGUAGAUGUAUAGUAAACUCAUUAUGGCCCAGUACUACAGAGCCUGUAGUCAGAGGUCUGAGGGGCACUUCCAGCUUCAGUCCAGGUUCAAAGGGUGGUCUCACAUGAAAGUGGGGCAUUAGUUUUAUUAUCUUGUUGACUACAAUUAUAUUAAAAUAAAAUGAACUGUACUAUACUCAGUCAAAUUAAACUGACGGUCGCCAGUUAGAACAUAUGAGCAAAGAAUGCAUUGACUAAGGUAUUAUUUUAUUCUGAGCACCAUGAUGACAAAGUUCACUAGAUAUCAGGUCCAUAGUGUGCCCAUUUCCACCAACAGUCAUCCAAACGUCUGAGAGUGAAAAUAUUAAUUCACAACUUGGAUACUGUUCCAAACACAAGAUGUCCAUGGAACAGUUCAUUUCUAGGGGAUGUUGCAGUGGCAAAUCGAUUGCGAAGGUGGCGUAACACAAAAUGUCGGUCUUCUACUUAUGACGUCACACGUCGAACAGGAUGAGGACCUUCAGCUGUGGAGCCCAUUUCUUGUCCGUAGAUUAUGGAUCGUCCGACGACUGCAUCCCAUCACCCUCGUGACGUCAGCUACGGACGUAUCCGUGUGCAGCAUGCCAACGUCCCGUUCACGCUGAACAUUUGACAGUCGUGGCAUUGAAAUUCACAGUAUCAAUGCUUGUUUGAACACGUCGAACAGGAUGAGGACCUUCAGCUGUGGAGCCCAUUUCUUGUCCGUAGAUUAUGGAUUGUCCGGCGACUGCAUCCCAUCACCCUCGUGACGUCAGCUACGGAUGUAUCCGUGUGCAGCAUGCCGACAUGUUCACGCUGAACAUUUGACAGUCGUGGCAUUGAAAUUCACAGCUACGGACGUAUCCGUGUGCAGCAUGCCAACGUCACGUUCACGCUGAACAUUUGACAGUCAUGGCAUUGAAAUUCACAGUAUCAAUGCUUGUUUGAACACGUUUUCCUGGUUUGUCACUCUACUGUGCGUAAGUGAGCACAAAAGCAUGUGUCUCAUGUAGGCAUGUUAAAACACACUUUUGGUCCAAAACUCAUUUGCACGUCCUUCAAAUUGGUGCACGUGGGCACUGAGUUGCGGCAUGUCGUCUUUGACAAUGUCUCUACCGUCAGUAUUCAUGACAACUGUCAAUUAACAAAUUUCAAUUCAUUCUUUAUAAAUUUAUGAGUGUGAAGUUUUUAAUUUGAGUGAGUAUAUUCUGUGAUCAUUUAAGUUCAGUGAAAUACAUUGUAGCUUAUUAAAUUGUAACUUGUGCAUUAUUAAAUACAAUGCAUUACUAAUACUAAAGUAUUUGAAAUCUAGUAAAUAAUGCUCAACGUUAUAAAAGUACUAGUGUCUUCUGGAUGUUGGUUUUAAUUUACUUCUUAAAGCCUAAUAUUAAGUAUUUAAGCGAUUAAGAGUCAUUUGAAAUCUGAAUUUGAAACAGGUUGUAUGGCACAGUGGACUCUUAUAGCCGACCAGCUGAUCGACUCUCUUGAUUUAACAGUACUUAUAUUAUUUAUUACUCAAGUGUGUUUUGUGUAAAUAAUUUUAUAUAAUAUUUUAUUCAAAAUAACUCUAAAAUGUAACUAAUUAUCAAGAUUCCUUACAUUGAUUUCCCUUCUUAAAGCAAAACAUUUUAUAAGACUAUUGGACUUCAUGUAAACCACUCUCAAAUGUAUCUUUUUUUUUUAUAGGAUCUUAUUUGAACAUGCCAGAUUGAAUUGUAUUGUCAAAUUAAGAAUAAUUUUUUUUUUUUUAAAAAAAGGAUCUAAUUUGAAUGUGCUAUAUUGAACUAUUAUUGUCAAAUUAAGUAUAAUUAAAAAAUUUAUAUGAUCUAAUUUGAACAUGAACUAUAUAGUCAAAUUAUGUCUAAUUACAACUAAUUUGAACAAACCAAAUUGAACUUUAUAGUCAAAUUGAGUCUAUUUACAAAAUUUAUAGGAUCUAAUUUGAACAUGCCAGAUGAAACAAUAUAAUCAAAUUAAGUCUCAUCAAAAAAUAUAAUUUACUGAUUUCUUGCCUUUUGAACUUUGAGACAGGUUUAUAAAAAUAUGUUGACAGCUUGGUACAUGUUAUAUUUAUUGUAUAUGAAAUCUAUUGUACUCCUGUGUAUUAUUGUUUUUGUUUGUUUACUAUCUGCAUGUUAUUAAUUGUUAUUAUAUUUUAUUUGGACACAUCUCAUUUCUCUUAUUGUUGUUUUUAUUGUGUUGUUUAUUUAGUUAGAUGUAUCUAGAAUAAUUAUUGUUGUCAAUAUUUUCUUUGUCUAUUAAUCAGUGUCUUGUUAUGAACUAGGAAACUUAUUUUAGGUAUAUUAUUUUAUUAUUGGCCGAAUGCUUAAAGAUGCAUUAUUCAAGAGCUAAAUAAUUAAUAAUUAUAGAUUUAUUCACAUGACAAGCCCAUAAUCAAAGCUCUAUACCAUCUGAUGAUCAGAUGGCAGUGAUAUUUAAUGGACUAGAACACUGUGCCAUUCAAUAAUUUAACGUUAAAAUGAAUAAUCAAGACUUUGUUUAUUAUCGUGGCAGUGGUUAGCAAUGGGGAUUGACAAUCAAGACUAUCUUAUCAAAACCUCAAACAAAUAAAGUAACUUGACUGAUAUUUUCAAUAUUCAUUAUUUAUUUUUAAACAAUUACAGCAAGAACCGACAGCUCUGUAUCUAUAAUGCAUCUUUAAAUCUGAUACAGGAUUUGAAAUCUUAAAACACUAAAACCAAUGAUUUAUUUUAUUUUUUUUGUGGGGGGGGGGGGGGGCGUAAAGACUGUCUUGAAUCAUGUUAAAAUUGACACAGUUCAGAUUGAAUUUCUUCAAAUUCAAGUAAUUGAUUCAAAAUUUAACAUUUUAAUUCCUUGUUCUGAAAUGUUUUAUUUGACUAUGAUUAUAAAUAUUAGAUUGGUUUUGUUUGAGAGAAAGAAUGAAUAUAAACAAGAAUUUAAUUCUAUAUAAUCAUGCUUGUGUGUGUGUGUGUGUGUGUGAAAAAGCUUUAUUUUAUGUCCGCUUCCACCGAAGUGAUAUCGCAGACAAUGCUAGGGUGAAGUGUGUAUUACUUAUAUAGUUAUCAUGCAUAUUCAUUAAUAUGUAAAUAGUGUAAAUAUUGGACCAAUCAAAAACCUUUCUGUGUGCUGUUUAUAUGUAGUAUUAUUAUUAAUAUUCAUUGUCUUUAUAUAUUUGUACAUAAAAUCUCAACUAGAGCAGUAUUGUACAUAUAGAAAAUUAUAUUUAACUUAUUUGAAUAAUGAAUAAUUUAAGAAAUAAUGACAUGGUGAAUUCAGAUUCAAAUUAAGGGAGAUUAUAUCCCAAUAUAAACAGAUGGUUAGUAACUCUUUUUCCUUACAUACUUGAAAAAAUUAUUAUUACUAAUAAUACAAAGUGAUUUACCCCUUUGAGGCCAUAAUUCAUUUUAUUUGAGAUACAAUUGUAUAUCCAAUAUUUAACCAAAUGUACCUUUUUAAGCCAAACUUGCUGAAAUUUUCGCCAUGUUUGUUUAAUUCCAAGAUUCUAAAUUAAACAUUUUCUUUGACUAUUAAGAUAGAUUUUGUUAUAUUUUGGUUUUGAUUUGUUGUUAUUUUAAUUAAUGAGAAAUAAUAUAUUGCUUGAUUUAUAUGUACAUGGAUAAAGGUUCAAAGAAAGUGCUUGUAAGAUUUUCAAACUUUUGUAUAUUGAAUAUGUACAUAUAUAAGAUAAACCUGUUAUAUUGUUUUUCUAUCCACAAUAAACUUUAUAUAAAUAAUAUUA